ACGUUUGGCUGAUGUUUGUUUUUUAUUCCGGAUGUGUCGUCUUCUUCGUGCGACCCAACCGGAAGUUCGAAGUCAUCGAAAGUAAAGUGAGGAAAACUGAAUCACAAUGAACACCCGGGGACUUCGCUCACAAUUAAAAGACAGCGUGCCUGUGGCCGGACUGUGCCCACAGGGAUCGUACGGGAUCCAGGACUCUCUCCGCAGCGGCUUCACCAGUGUGAAGAAUGAGCUUCUUCCAAGCCAUCCUCUGGAACUGUCAGAGAAAAAUUUUGUGCUUAACCAGGACAAGAUGAAUUUCUCAACACUUCGAAACAUCCAGGGUCUUCAUGCUCCCCUCAAACUGCAGAUGGAGUACAGGGCAGCCAGACAGAUCCAGCGUCUGCCGUUCUUACAGAGCUCUAAUUUGGCUCUCGACACACUGCGAGGCAGCGAUGACACCAUCGGCUUUGAGGACAUCCUCGGCGAUCCAGCUCAGAGUGAAAUGAUGGGAGAGCCACACAUGAUGGUGGAAUACAAGCUGGGAUUGUUGUGAAAGCUGCAGAAUUCGCUACCCACUCAAAUAUUUAGGUUUCUGUUCCUAAUUAGAUUAAGUCAUUCAUUCUUACUGGAACAUUGUAGUAAACAUCUGGACAAACAGUGGGUCAGAUUUUGGUUUGCAUUUAUGUACAAAUAAUUUCCAAGCAGCCAUUUAGUGAUACUUUUGUGUGAACGAAGUUGGUUGUUAUUGCUAAUAAAUUUCAUAACUUCCUUGUUCAUGUGGAUUCAUGGCUCCAGUUUUAUUUUUUUACCUGGAAUCUUAUGUUGAAAUUAAAGCAUGGAAUUAUUAGAGCGGAAGCUCUUCCUCUCACCAUAUGAUGACUCAAGUGUUUAGUGAUUAAUAAAUUGUUUCCUC